AAAACUGAUCUGCAGCGAUAUUGCAUGGAUCGAUCUUCUUAAUCUUCUCAGUGCUUUUAGUCUUCUCAGUAUAUUUGUGUUAUUUUUGUUGUAUAUGCAGAUAUAUUAUUUACGUUAUUUCUUUGCGGACUUUCAGCCAGCCAGAGAUACGCUCGACAGCGCCGUUACAUAUCUCUAUUCAUUAAUUCAACGUUUUCUAUACCGUAAUAUUUACGUCAUAUGUCAUUUCGUGCUUUAAUUUCUCCUUGACGAUCAAACCAUCGAGAUGCGCGAUCAAGACACGCAAGCUCCGCGAUGACAGUCGCUUUCGGCCAAUCGUCGACGUAAGCAUAUCGAUUCGCAUCUCGAGAUCGACCGAUAUCGGAUGAAAAAGAGACGACGAUGAGAUAACACACGUGGCUUUUUCGUGGCCGUUGGGUGUAAUUCUUGUUACAAUGAAGCUACAUACAAUUUUUAAUUGUUGAAACUGCGUACGCGUUGUCCUUUUUGUUUUUAUUUUAUCUCACUUUUACUUUACUUUAACAUUUUUAUAUUUGAUUAUGUCAACUUAUCGUACAAUAGCGUUGAUAAUUCGUCUUAACAGACGCCUGGAGUCAAUAUUGAGAGAGAGGUGACAUGCUUUUUUGCGAGUGCAAAAAUACGUCUUUUGUGGUCUUUAAGCGGUCUCUGACGAGUGUCGUCGCUUCAUCAAUGACAUCUCUUCUGGCUCUGGAUAGCAGCCAUGAAGUGUCGUCGGUCGAUAUUAAGGAACGGGUAUCUUCAUCGAAUCAGUUGGCUUGAUCAACAGCAGGCUACAUAUCCGUAAAAUUUGAUUUAACGUUCUCUGGUUUGGCGAUUGCGCGCCGCUCGUUUCGUUAUCGAUUGUUAUUCGAAAGGGUUUGCAAACGUGCAGACAGAUGGUAGCGAUUGAGCCCUCUUCUUGCAUUGAGCAAGCGCCGUUUGAAUUGAUUGUGACGGGCGACAGUCAAACAAUAAUUUCCGCUCCGCGAACCGUGCGAUGAGUGCUAAUGAAGAUUUGAGUUACGCGUUCACCCUCAGUCGCCAGUGCCUGCGAUUCCUAGGUGUGUGGCCCGAUCCAUAUGUUCCCUUGAGUGAAUUCCGUCGGCCGAACUUGAGAUACAUAUUUGUUGUGUGCAUUAUAAGCUUUUAUAUGUUCAUACCGCAAAUAACGAAUACAUUUCGUGUGUGGGGUAAUAUGACUUUAAUGGUGGAGCAAGUCGCUUCAGCGAACUUCAGUCUUAUGGCAUUCUGCAAGCUGGUCGUCACCCGGUAUCAUGGUGAAACUCUGCGAACGCUAAUGACAUCGUUCAAGACCGACUGGAUGACUUCAAAACGAAAUUGGGAACGUAAUACGAUGUUGAAAGUAGCAAGAAGUGGCAGAAACAUAUCUUUCAGCUGUUACAUAAGUCUCAUAUGCACGACCAUCUUUUAUAUCUCUUUCAAUCUCUUGAAAUUGUACCGAAACAUAUCUCAGUCCGAACGGAAGUUGGUCUACCAGUUCGAUUAUCCCUAUGACAUGCAGAAGACUACAUACUACGUGAUUACCUAUCUUGUUCAAAUUUCGGCCGGCACGUACGCGGCAAUGAUCAACUCUACCGUCGACACCUUCGUCUCGAUGCUCUUGCUGCACGUUUGCGCGCAGCUAAUUAAUCUACGAACGGCGCUCAACAACUUGGUCGAGAAGCUAGCCGAGAAAUCUAUAUGUUCCGCUAAGUAUAAGGAGGAUAUUAGCGCGACCGUCCUACGACACGAGAGUCUCAUCAGGAACGCUAAGGCAAUCGAUAACUGCUACAGCACAGUUUUACUGGUGCACAUGACGGCCGCUACUUUUCAGCUGUGUUUCCAAAGUUUUCAGGUUUACAUGAGAAUAACGGACAAGAAUCCGGAUAGCUCUACUGUUAAAAUGGCUUUCCUCAUGUUUUAUGUCAUACUCUUGUUGAUACACUUGUACGCGUAUUGUUACUCAGCUGAGAAACUCUUAACAGAGAGUACCGCAGUAGCGUAUGGCGUGUAUGAAUGCAAGUGGUACGACAUACCAUCGAGAGACGCGAAAGAUUUAAUGUUUAUCGUAUAUCGAUCUAUGAUUUCACUCAGACUGACGGCUGGGAAAUUUAGUACCUUUUCGAUUGAAAUGUUUGGGACGACGGUGAAGACGUCAAUGGGAUAUUUAUCAAUGUUGAUGGCGAUAAACAAUUAGAGGAAAUAAUAUUAGAAGUGAUUUCAUGCUAAUUCCGCAUAUAGCUAGCCACCAUUCGUUUAUGAUUAAGUUAAUUUUAUUUACAUCUACUGUAUGCAAUAUA